AUGGGAACCAUCUUUGACUCAUGGAGAAUAACUACAGCUGUCAUUAUUACUAUACUACACAUCCAAGCAGUAAUUGGCACCAAAACCACAGUUUUUUCUGGUGUGGAAGGUGAGAGUUUUGUCUUCAGAUGUGAAUAUCCAAAUGGCCUGACGGAGAAUUUGAAGUACUUGUGCCGUAUUGAUGAAUGCUCCAGUUACUUGAUAAUGACAGACAAACAUAACCGGUGGGAGACCAAAGGACGCUUCUCCAUGUACGACAACACCACUGGAAGCUUCUUCAUUGUCAAGGUGGAUAAACUGAGGUUAAAUGACAGUGGGACGUAUCAGUGUGGAGUGGAUAUCAGCCUCCAACCUGAUUAUCACAGCGCCAUAAAACUGAAUGUUUCCCAAGCAUAUGAACCUCAGCUGUUGUUCCACCUGCCGCUGGUCCUGACUGCUGUUAUGUGCGUGGCAGCACUCAUGUUUGUGUGUCUGUUCACAUUAUGUCUUCUACUGGUUCUGAAACACAGAAGAUCAAUCCCACCGCAGAAUAAAGAGGUAACGUCUGACUAUGAGACUAUGAUGCCAGGUAUAAAAGCUGAGCCUCAAUGUUGCUGCAGCUGUUCGGCCCCAAACUGCGGUGAUCCUUCAUCUUUACCAUUACCACCACCACCACCACCACCUGACCUCUGUUCCAGCUUCCUACCAAAGCAUCGGGAGUCUGCUCUCUCAUUCGGCGUUGGUGAAUAUGUUGAUGUGGAUGUACUAGGAAAUAUCUGCCAGUACCAACAUCUGGAUCUCAGCCAGUUAGAAGAGCAUGUCUAUCACAGUCUUCAUGUACAUAGUUGUCCUAAACACGAACCUAUUAAAGAGGAGAUGAACUGUUUAAAUGUCAAAAGAUAA